GACCUUACUAAAGAGGAUAGAUAUAUAUUAAUUGAAUUGAACGAAAAAGAGAUGACAUUGUUUCGUUUUACUACUCUUUUAACGUUAGGUCACUUCUCGUUACACCUGUUUUAUAUUAGCGGGUGGUUUAUGGGUUACGGAACAUAUUUGAAGAGUCAACGGAAUAAUAAAGGUCAUAAAACGCGUGGAAACGAAAUUGAUAGCGAUCUGCCGUUAUCGAAAGAACCUAAUGGCGGUAGAGAAUUUGUUGAAGUCGCAAACAUGUCGAACACCAACGAAGAUGUGACGACUUCAUGCGAUAAUGACAAAAGAAACAUAUCUGAUACAUCCCCCGUAGCCAUGAAAAUUUCAAUUUCUUACGGUGUUACGCAUCCACAAAAAAAAAGUGAGACUGAUAAUGACCAUGUUAAUUUAACUGCGACGCAACUAUUGGAAACGUUAGAUGAUGUUCCUGAAGGACAAUCUUUAAUGCAACAACAAAAACCCGAUGAAGUUCUCGAUGACAUUAAGACUACGACCGAUGCCCGAUCGACUACUAUCGAAACUUCAAUUACCCAAAAUUCUAUUUCUCGAAGAAGCAACACGGGCAACACCGAUAUUGCAGAUCAUCAGCAACAUGAGAAGAUGGCUACUUCUGCCGAAACAACGUUUCUGGGUAAUAAAUUCGUUAGAAAUGUGUUGCUUUGGUCAGCGGCUCAAGGGUGGGAGGCAAAGAAAAAAACAAAAUGGCAUUGGUGGCAUACCACUGGAACGGG